GUUGGGUAUAUGUGCCAUUUCUAUAUUCCCAUCUCCACUUUUACUUUACUUUCAUAAGAAAAACAUUAAAACACCUCAACAAACCACCACCACCACCACCAUCAUCAUAAUAUAUAUAUAUAUAUAUAUUCAUAAUUCAUAAUUCAUAUUAAUAAACAUUCUUUUAACACUUCAUUUAUUAAUAAUAUUCAUUCAUUCAUGGAUUCAUCUUCUGAACCAAAUGGUGACCAACACUUACAACACAAAUCAACAACAUCAUCAUCAUCAUCUAGAUCACAAAACAAUAAUAUGAAUAGAACAUCAUCUUCAUCUUCAGGUAUGGGAUCUUCUUCUAACUUUAUAGGGAAACAUAGAUUGGCUGCUAUUAUAUCUCUACAGAAUCAACAAAUUCAAAUCAUUCAAGAAGAACUGGAUCAACUUGAAACUCUUGGUGAAUCAUCUCUUGUGUGUCAAGAACUGAUAUCAAGCGUUGAAUCAAGUACAGAUGCUCUGCUACCUGUGACUAAAGGGCCGGCAGAUGCUGGAUGGGAUCGAUGGUUCCAAAGAGCGAAUCAAUCUUCUCGAAAUCGCAAACGUUGGAUAUGAGACAUCUCCAUGUUUUUUCCCACUUCCAUCUUUGUAAAUCUUCCAAAGUUUUAUAUUUAACUAAAUCCAAAACAAUCAUGUUAUUUUGGAUUUAAUGACAAUUUGAACUAUGGAAAACGGAUAUUGAACGCGCUUUAUAUGUUUCAUUUUUUGAAUGCAAGAGUGGUUCAUUCAGUUCUGUUCA